UGUCAGCCUUGUUUCCUAAAACGUGAAUGAAUUCCAUAAACGCAGCUUGUGUGUCAGGUGGGUCAUUACUCUUCCAAGAAUUUUCUUCUAAAUUUAUGCUUCUUGCCACCUAAUAACUGUGGGACCGGUGGAAACACUAAGCGGUGUGUCAUGCUGCGUUACAGGUCGCACCACCGUGAGCUACCCCGUGGCCAGCAGUAGGAGCUACGGGCUCCGUUUCAUUUCUCACGUCACAAGAUGAGGAAUGAGGAAACAGGAGGAAACAUGUGAAUUAAGUGGUUUCCAGCAAUGAGCUGCCUGUAAAGCAGCUUUAAGUUUAGCACAAACAAUUAUAAUUAUAAAAUUAGCUUUCAUGACAAAUUUUGUGGGGGUUCUGCAGAAGAAGCAGCGACCUGGCUAUUAACAGAGCAGAAUCCGAACAGCCCUGGAGGUAUCUUUUUUUAAUAUUACUGGUUGUAUAAUUUUGCCUUGCAUAUAGGGAAGUUCCCCAUGGUAAAAUAAUAAGAACCCAAAUUUAAAUGACUAUAUUUUUGAUCUCAGCACCUGCAAAGCACCGUGCUUGAGAUUCAGGGAGAAAGCUAUGGUUAGCAUUUGAUUUUUUGAGUGCAGCCAGAGCAAGCUCUUGGCUUUACAGCUAAUAAAGGGCUGACCCUGUCCCACAGUUUGCUGUUGCUGGUGGAUGGGGAGAGCCGGUGGUAGCUCCGCUGGCGGUUUGGGGGUGCUGCCUGCCGGGAACGGGGACACAGGUGCUGCCUCUCCGACCAAGACACCUCCACUCCCGGUAAGGUGUUGGGCUGCCCGGGACACCCCUGCACCGCGCGCGGGCUGUCGCAGGGGGUGUCGCGGAGGGAGUCGGGGAUGGGGCUGAGGGCUCGCGGCCGGCUCCUCCCGAGCAUCCCAUGGAGAGCAGGUCCUGGCUCUGUCAGGGGACAGCCCGGCACUGGCACCCAUCAUAAUCAAGGGCACCCUUGCUGGGGACAAAAGUGCUCCCGGGUGCCCCUUUGCCUGCGAGCCGUGUGGGAUUGACACCCACAGCCCUCACGUCCCUUCAGGCCUUGCUGCUCAGAACGGGGGGCGGAAGAGGAGGAUGCCGGUGCACUGCCAUUGCAGAGGGGCUUUGCCAGGAUCCCUCACGCUCUCCCACGGGGACGCAGGGGCCAUCUCCAGCCCACCCUGGGGUUUCCCCAUGCCUGGGGUCCCCUGUGCCGCUGCUCACACACAGCCCUGUGCCCGGGUAUGGCAGGGAGCGGAGCUGCGGCGCUGGGGCUGGCUUGGGUCCUCGGGCUGCUUUUGGAGGCAGAUGUUGGAGAAGCUGCAGGUGACUGAAAGGAAACGGUGAUGCAAGGGCAGGAGCUCUUACAUACGGAGCUGGUGGCUGCCCCAUCCUACCUGUGCCAUGUCCCCAGCUUGCCUGCCUGCCCUGGGAGCACAGGACAGUCUCCCAGCCGUGCAGAGGACGGUGCUGCCAUCCCUGGGCGCGGGGAGCACAUUACGUGCUUCGUUCAGCCCACCCAGCUCUGCUCGAGAGGGUGAAGACUCCUCUGGAUGCCAUUGCCAAGGCACUUUGUCCUUGACCCUCUGCGAAACGGGUGCUGCAGCACCCUGUGCCAUCACAGGCAGCCUCAGUGGCCGGAGCAGCCACUUGGCUAUCGGAACAGUGACCCUGGCCCUGGACCUUCACUGUUCUUUGAUUUCAGAGGUGCCUCCAGGGUGUCCCCGAGGCCUCCCCGCUGCCUGCCUCCCCCCCAGCCCCGCAGCCCCUGCAGGGGCCCGGCUGGAGACUCCCCACGGGAAACACCGACUCAAUAUAAACCACAGCGGGUAAACAAUUACGGGUGUGAUUGCGGCAUGGCUUCCGCUUUCCCAGGGGCUUUAACAGCGAAGCGGAGCUCUGCGGAGGCAGAGGGGAGAAAACACCGAGACACCCGGAGGGGCAGGAGCAGGGGCCGGAGCAGGACACCGCAGCUGGAACAGCUAUGGAGGAUGCCUUCAUCCGGCACAUCGAGCUGCUGGGCUACGAGAAAAGGUUUUUCCCCAGCCAGCACUAUGUCUACAUGUUCCUGGUGAAGUGGAACGACCUCUCCGAAAAGCUCAUCUACCGCCGGUUUACUGAGAUAUAUGAGUUCCACAAAGCGCUGAAGGAGAUGUUCCCCAUUGAAUCCGGCGACAUCAACAUGGAGAACAGGAUCAUCCCACACUUACCAGCCCCGAAGUGGUUUGACGGGCAGCGCUCAACCCAGAGCAGGCAGGGCACGCUGGCCGAGUACUGCUACACACUGGUCAACCUGCCCCACAAGAUCUCUCGGUGCCUGCACGUGGUCAACUUCUUCAAGGUCCGUCCUGAUGACACAAACCCAAUCACGGACAGCCAGAUCAAGAAGCCUGAGGUCUUCCUCCUGCCAAAGGAUGCCAAGAAAAACUCUGCCGACAUCACAGGCCCCAUUGUGCUGCAAACAUACCGAGCCAUCGCCAACUACGAGAAGAGCUCCAGGUCUGAGAUGGCUCUACAAGCUGGGGACAUGGUGGACGUCGUGGAGAAGAGCGAAAGCGGCUGGUGGUUUUGCCAGUUGAAGAACAAACGGGGAUGGGUGCCAGCCACCUAUCUGGAGCCCAUGGAUGGUCCUGAUGAGUCUGAAGAGCAGGAGCCCAACUACGCAGGUGAGCAAUACAUUGUCCAGAAAAGCUACACAGCCGUGGAGGAGGACGAGCUGACCCUCAAGGAGGGUGAUACCAUCGAAGUCAUCCACAAGCUCCUUGAUGGCUGGUGGGUCAUCAGGAAGGAUGAAACCACGGGUUAUUACCCCUCCAUGUACCUGCAGAAAGCCGGGGAGAUGAACACCUCCAUGAAGAGUGAGCUGAGGAACCGCAGCGCUCCUCCACGGAGAUCCACCAUCCGAAAUGCAAAGAGCAUCCACAAGCAGGGCCGGAAGCAGAUCAGCCAGGAGACCUACAGGAGGAACAGCAAGAAGUACCUCCAGAGCCGGAGAAACAUGAAGGAAAAAUUCCAGAACAAGGCCAAUGUCAUCAUUGAGAAAAACGAGCAAGAGGGGAACAAGCCCAAGGCUCAGCCUGCUGUUCCUCCCCGUCCCAGCAAAGAUCUCAUCCUGAACCGCUGUACCGAGAGCACCCGGAGAAAGAUCCUGUGAGCCCUCAGCCCGCACACCAUCCAGGUGAUAUUUAUCUCCACCAGCUCCUGUGCAGCCAGGGCUCAGAGCCAGAUCAGGGGAUCCAGGUGGCUCUGGCAGCCACCGCAGGCCCUGGGGGCUGCUGGCCAGAUCAGCACAUCCCAGAGCCCAUCUUCCUCCACCGGCAAGGCGAGCCCAAGAUGUCCUAAUGACACCAUGAGGAGGUACCCAGCCCCGCUCCAGCAGCUCCUGGGGGGCUGAGGCCUCCACAGCCACUGGGGACCCCUCGCCACUAGACCCCCUUUUAUCCCCUAUUUGUAUUUUGAGUGAUUUUGCAUUUUUCAGCAAUAAAGGAGAGACAAUUUAUAGACA